GCAACAGACUGUAUAAAAUGUGUAGGACCAUAUUACCGGAAAGCUUUCUUUGUGGUAGUUGAGUGCUGUUAAUGAAUGUCCUGUUAAUUAGGUGUAGCUAUGGAUGUAACGUCGAUACUGACUGAAAAAUAUCCGAGUAUGGAAACAGCUGGUGGAAGUGGGUCAGUUGAAGUAUCUGCUGGAAAUGUUAAAUCGCAGGCACAUGCAAAGCGAAGCACAUUAUCAAGACAUUCAUCUAAAGAUGUUAGCGAGGAUGGCUGUUGCCUUGCUAAAAUAUUCCUGUCUAAUAUCGUCUCAUUUGCAAUGAGAUCGCGGCGCAAGGGUGUGAAUGAAAGGUGUCGUUCAGUGCGACGUAUGUCAUCAAAUGGAGGGAAAAAUGCGACCACAUGCAUCCAUGCACCGAACUGUAAACGUAAAGCUCUAUCUGAAAUGGGAGUGUGUGAUUCUUUCGAUGAUGAAAUGAUUAGGCGACUUUCAAAGCUACCUCAAGGAAUGGACAGAAAUGAAUGGUUGGCUACACACACAUUAUCUCUUUUCGAGAAUGUAAAUGCUUUGUGUGGAACGAUAUCAGAAGUGUGCACGCCGGUUUCAUGUCCUAUUAUGUCCUAUCCAGGUGUUCCGAAAGCACAUUGGGUUGAUGAAAGGAGGAAACAUCAUCCAUAUUCUGCUAUGCAAUACAUUGAUUGUGUAUUAUCAUUCUGCGAAAAAAGCGCAAAGGAUGAGCGACUUUAUCCAACUAAAUAUGGAUCUGCUUUUUCGAAUAAUUUUGAAAAUCACUGCCGUCGUCUAAUACGAUUACUCUGGCAUAGUUGCGGGCACCUGUACACGAAUCACUGGGAACAACUAGCUACUUUGAAUCUGCGGUCUCAAUACGGCUUGGUUGUUGCACAUAUGUACUCUAUUGCUAAAAUGUAUGAUCUUCUGGAGAGUAAGGAACUGUCCGCCCUUUCACAUACGCUGCAGUUGGUACGUCCAGCAGUGCUGUAUCACGGAUGUGGUCAUCAGAUAGUACAAAUUAGUGAUGGAUCCAGCGGUCCUCGGCAAUUCCCGUCAUCAAAAAGUGGUAGCUGGGGUGGUUAUCCGACAACUACCGCACUGUUGUGCAAGCCUUACUCGCAAACAUGUUGAUAUUUGCUUUCAGAAAAUUUUUUUUUUCCUUUCAGAUAUUUUGCAUGAGUUUAUGUGUCAUGUCCGCAGUGCUCCAUGACUAAAUCCGCCAUAGAAGGUGGACUAGUGGGUCAAAAGUGGUUAGAUAAUAAUAAGGCUUUCUCCGUUUUCGAGUUAAGAAAUUUCUAGAGAAUCCUUACAACGGUUCAUGCAAGUAAUGUUAUGAAUAAUAAUUCCGAAGCUUUCGAAGAUUUCAUUUAGUAGACAUUUGUUGGACUUGAGGCCUCAGAUCACAUGCACGCAUUAGAUUAUAGUUUGGUACUGGUCACUCUGUUGUGCCGACACAAUUUUGGAAGUUGCAUAUUUGAUGUGAUAUUGUUGGUGUCGCUUUGUUUAAAAUACUCCAUGUAUAUAUCGCGUCUAUUUUAGGAAGAUCUAACAGAUUAAUUUCUACCAAAAAAAUCACUUUUCUUUCCCGAUCUUCGGUUUUUUUUGGUCUCCGGUUUCCUACUUCUCUGUAUAAGAAUAUAUGUUAUAAUUAACUUCCCAAUUCACUUCGACAUGAUAAGCUAAUUAUCAUAUAAUAGAUUGAAUUUAUCAUAUAAUAUUGGAAAGUAGAGAUUCAAAAAGCAG